CUGUGGCCGCGGACAUCCUGAUGGCGGCCGUCGGGCUUCCGGGUUGAAGGUUUUUGUGCACACGGCACCGAGCUGGCGAGCUGGUGCCGAGCGCACAAAAGCAACGUGCUCUUGUUUAUGUGGCGUGCCCAUCGGCCGGGCGCACUUUGACGUCAACGCAGCCGCCUUUCCACGCUCGGAACCGCGCCGAGGCCGGGGAGCCUCCACGGGCAGCCGGCUGUGACGGAAGUGGACGCUAGCACCGCGCUAACAGAGCUAGCUCAGCGAAGAUGAUGUGGGCGGAGGCGAGCCGGGCCGUCCUGGUCCUGACGAUCCUCGCGACGGCGGCCGGAGACGUCUCGCUCGGCGCCGAUUGCGCCGAGCGCUCGCCGCGGAUCUCGGCCGUGGUGGACGCGCGGCGGGCCGAGCGGAGCCAGAAGAGACACCUGGAGGCGCUCUUCGACAGGUACGGCGAGAACGGGAGCGUCUCCCUGGCGGGCCUGAAGCGCCUCCUGCAGAGCGUGGGCUUGGACCGCAUCCGCAGCGUGACGGUGCAGCACCGCCAUAGUCACCCAGACGGAGAAUCGCACCAGCCCUCCGGGACCCCCAAGGAGCGGGACGGGCGCGGCGUGGACGGCGGCAGCCGCACGGCCGCCGACGCGCCGCUCGACCGCGCCGGAUUGGUCAGCGACAGUCAGACUCGCGCGACGGGAAACCGCACGCACGAGGGGCACGACCACCGCGAUCGCCGUGAGCACGAUCACCAUGACAACCACGACCACGAUCACCGUGACCACGAUCACCGUGACCACGAUCACCGUGACGACCACGAUCACCGUGACCACGAUCACCGUGACGACCGUGAUCACCGUGGCCGCGAUCACCGCGAGGACUCCAGCAAUCAGCACGUUGAGUGUGAGAACGCGUCCAGCAUUCUUUCGUCCCACGGAAUGGCGCAGGACGGCGGCGUAACGCCGGACGACUUCGCCUACCUUUGCCCGGCACUCCUGCACCAGAUCGACGCCGGCGCCUGCGUCCUGCACCAAGGCGACGACCAUCAUAACCACGGUCACCAUGACAACCACAGCGAACCUGACCACAGCGAGAGCAACAAAAACAUCACGGCAGCGUGGCUGGGCGGCUUCCUGUCCGUCACAGUCAUCAGCCUCCUCUCGCUCCUCGGCGUGGUGCUCAUCCCGCUCAUGAACAGAGUCUUCUUCAAGUUCCUGCUCAGCUUCCUGGUGGCGCUGGCCGUGGGCACGCUCAGCGGCGACGCCUUCCUGCACCUCAUCCCUCACUCUCAGAGAGGACACCAGCAUUCUGAGCACGACGCGCACCACGCGGACCACGCGGACGACCUGGACGGCGUGUGGAAGGGUUUGACGGCUCUGGGCGGCGUCUACUUGAUGUUUCUCAUCGAGCACUUCCUGACGCUGGGAAAAAUGUACAAGGACAAGAAAAAGACGCAGAGGAAGAGGGAGCAGAAGAACAACGCGGACCCCGAAAAGCCCCUGGCCCUUAUGGAAGACGUCCUGAAGGCGAGCGAAGACGUGGAAACCAACGGCGGCGGCGUGUUUGCCGAGCGCCCGGACGAGGACGCCGUGGCGGAGGAGGAGCAGGUGAUGCUGAAGACGUCGACGGCGGAUCAGGGCUACACGGCGGAGGAGUGCGAGAACAAAUGCCACUCGCACUUCCACGACACGGUGGGCCAGGCGGACAGCCUGCACCACCACCACCACGACUACCACCACAUCCUCCACCACCACCACUCCCAGAACCACCACCCGCACAGCCACACCCACUCGUACCCGCAGCACCACUUCCAGCAGGCCGGCGUGGCCACGCUCGCCUGGAUGGUCAUCAUGGGGGACGGCCUGCACAACUUCAGCGACGGCCUGGCCAUCGGUGCGGCGUUCAGCGAGAGUUUGUCGAGCGGCCUGAGCACGUCGGUGGCCGUCUUCUGUCACGAGCUUCCUCACGAGUUGGGCGACUUUGCAGUGCUGCUGAAGGCGGGCAUGACGGUGCGCCAGGCCGUCCUGUACAACAUGCUGUCGGCCACCACAGCCUACCUGGGCAUGGUGACGGGCAUCCUGAUCGGCCACUACGCCGACAACAUCUGCAUGUGGAUCUUCGCCCUCACCGCCGGCCUCUUCAUGUACAUGGCGCUCGUCGACAUGGUCCCGGAGAUGUUGCACAACGACGCGGGCGAGCACGGCUUCAGCCACUGCGGCUACUUCCUGCUGCAGAACGCCGGCAUCCUGCUGGGCUUCGGCGUCAUGCUCCUCAUCGCCGUCCUCGAGCACACCGUACGGCUGGACUUCCGCUUCUGACGCCGGGCGGCCGCCACGCUUUUUGUCUUUUUUUUUUUCCUUUUCUUUUUUUUUGUUUUAGUUCACCUCCGUAAUGGGUCAACUCUAGAACCUCUCACGAGCUCCGCCCACCCGACGGACGGCGCGGAUCGCCGGCCGCUGACGACUUUCGUCGUCUUCGCCAUCUCAAAAUGGGAUUGGACUGUCGGAAGCGGCCCGCUUCUGACAAAAGGUUAUAAUAGGUCAAUAGGUGACACUUGAAAUAUUAUUUUUUUUUUACUUUUAAUUUAUUUUAGUGUUUUAUAGCUGGUGUGUGUGACUCAUUUUUGUAGUCGUGCUUUCUCUCAAAGGGCCGUUUUGACUGUGAAAUUCGUAUAAAUGUUCAAUGACCUCAUCAUCUUGUGACAUAUUACGCAAUUGGGGGGGGGGCUGCAACGGGCGAGCAACGUUUCAAAUUCAUUUCAGUGGGGAAAGCCGAUGCGGCAGAGCGGACGACCGGUUAGCACGUCCGCCUCCCAGUUGUGAGGUUGCGGGGUUCGAUCCCCGGCCCCGCCCGUGUGCAGUAUGCAUGUUCUCCCCGCGCGGCUUUUCUCCGGGCACUCCGCUUUCCUCCCGCAUCCCAAAAACAUGCAUGGCAGGUUCAUUGACAACUCUAAAUUGCCCGUAGGUGUGAAUGGUUGUUUGUUUGUAUGUGUCCUGCGAUUGGCAGGAGACCGGUUCAGGGCGGACCCCGCCUCUCGCCCGAAGAUAGCCGGGAUAGGCUCCGGCACGCCCGCGACCUGCGUGGGGAGAAGCGGUAUGGAAACUGAAUGAAUGAAGAAAGAUGAUUUGAGUUGUGAGUGUGGUCAAAUUAAACUCUCAUCUUAAGGCACCACUGCAAUUUCCCCCCCCCCCCCCCCCCCCACAACAAACUUAAUUUUCAAUCAGAACUCAAGUAAAACUGUGACAUCAACAUAUAAAAAAAAAAAACUGUUCAAAUGUUGAACUUGGUCAAUGCUCAGAAGGGAGUUUGUAAAAAGUGAAGAAAAAUGUCAACGUUUGUUGGAUUUCCUGCUAAAAUGAACAACAAAUGUUGUUUAGGUCAAAAAUGUAUUUGUGUGUAAGUUGUACAGAGUGGAAGAAAAGUAUCAACAAGUUGUUUUGGGAGUCCACUUGGUCAAAAGGUUUUGUGUGCAAGCUGACAUUCCACAAAUAAACAUCGUCGCCACCCGA